CACUGACCUUCCACCCCAUCUACCUCUCCCGCUGCCGUCAAUAUGGGUGCCGUACUCGCCCUUCCCCUGCUGGCAGUUCCCAGCAUAGGCACAAUCUUAACCUUCGGCGCAAGUUGCUGUGGCGCCGCCACCUGCUCCGCCGUCUGCUCCGCCUGCGGCAAAUGCAACAACUCCAUCGCCACCCGUAUCGCCUACGCCUUCCUCCUUCUCCUCAACUCCCUCCUCUCGUGGAUCCUGCUCACUCCCUGGGCCGUCAAGAAACUCCAAGCCGUACUCCUCGACUAUGUCACGAUCAAUUGCGCUGGACACGAUUGUUUCGGAUUCGCCGCUGUACAUCGGGUGAACUUUGCGCUGGGACUGUUCCACUGCAUUCUCGCUGGACUGCUGAUUGGGGUGAAGUCGUCAAAGGAUACAAGAGCCGCGCUUCAGAAUGGAUACUGGGGUCCGAAGAUUGUGGUUUGGCUGGGAUUGAUUGUGGGGAGCUUCUUGAUCCCAAAUCGCUUCUUUGAGGUGUGGGGGAAUUAUGUUGCGUUUGGAGGAGCUGUGUUGUUCUUGUUGUUGGGAUUGGUGCUGUUGGUGGAUCUGGCGCAUACUUUUGCGGAGUUCUGCAUCGACAAGAUUGAGGAGACGGAUAGUGGACUCUGGAGAGGCAUUCUCAUCGGAAGCACUUUGAGCAUGUUCUUGGGAAGCAUUGCGAUGACGAUUGUCAUGUACAUCUUCUUUGCGGGAAGUGGAUGUGCGAUGAACCAGUCCGCUAUUACGGCGAGUCUUAUCAACCUGGUCCUUCUCCUCACCAUCGCAGUGCUCUCGAUUCACCCGACCAUCCAAGCCUCCAACCCACGAGCUGGUCUCGCCCAAGCCGCCACUGUCUCGAUCUACUGUACCUAUCUCACUCUUUCCGCCGUGGCCAUGGAACCCGACGACAAAAACUGCAAUCCUCUUAUCCGUGCGACCGGCACACGCAAGGCAUCUAUCUUCAUCGGCGCGGUUGUAACUUUCAUCACCUGCGCCUACACCACUACUCGUGCGGCGACGUAUGGCCUCGCAUUGGGAAGCGGAAAGGGAAGUGGUGCUAUUGCGCUUGAGGAAGACGAUCACGCUGGCGGACACGGACUGGUUGACACACAGCCAGAGAGCAGGCGGGAGAUGCGGGCAGAGGCGUUGAGGAGAGCAGUCGAAAGUGGUGCCCUGCCCGCCAGCGCACUAGAUGAGAGCGAUGACGACGAUGACGAUGACGACCCGAAGACUGGAAAAUACAAGAAUGAUGAUGAGAAGGCUCGUGUUCAGUACAACUACACCAUCUACCACAUUAUCUUCAUGCUCGCCACAGCAUGGAUCGCAACCCUUCUCACACAAAAUAUUGGCGGCGACAAGCACAUUACCAAACCGGAUGACUUUGUGCCGGUCGGAAGGACGUAUUGGGCGAGUUGGGUCAAGAUUGUGUGUGCAUGGGUGUGUUAUGGGAUUUUUGGAUGGACGCUUGUUGCUCCGGUGGUAUUGCCGGAGCGGUUUGAGUAUUGA